AUGCCUCUCAAGGCUGAAGACCGCCGACUGAAUGGCUCUCUCGCGGUGGUCCCGAGUCUCGAUGAGUUCAAGGACAACUUUGCUAUUUUCUCCGAAGCCUCUCUCAGUGAUAUGGACUGGAGUAAUGUUAUAGUUGCUGGUAGUGCUGUUGUCACCUGUCUCCUACCUGUUCCGGACGAACACAAGGGCUCGAAGCGUGCUCUGCGCCAAUUCUAUCAUGACAAAGUCGCCCCUGCGUCCGACGUCGACCUCUUCCUGUAUGGGUUGACCGAAGAACAGGCCAUCGAGAAGAUCAAACAUAUUGAGGAUAGUAUCAAGAACGCCAUCUUGCACGAGACGACGACCAUUCGGACCAAGAAUGCAGUUACAAUCGUCUCCCAGUACCCCACACGGCAUGUGCAGAUUGUGCUGCGCAUUUACAAGUCCAUUGCCGAGGUGCUGACCGGAUUUGACGUGGACUGUUCGUGUGCUGCCUACGAUGGGAAGCAAGUCUAUGCCUCUCCGCGGGCACUAGCUUCUUACAUCACACAGAAGAACACGAUCGAUUUGAGCAGACGUUCUCCUUCGUACGAAAACCGUCUGUCAAAGUACUCGCGACGUGGGUUCGAAGUUUUCUGGCCCCAGCUAAACCGCUCACGCAUUGACCCGACUAUCUUCGAACGAAGCUUCUCAAGAACUGUGGGUUUAGCGCGCCUGUUAGUCCUUGAGCAGUUGCCGUUGGCUUCUGAUAGAGAGAAUUACCUUCAGCAACGACGCCGAGAGCGUGGCCGACCAGAGAAAUUUCUCUACAGCAGGCACGUCCUGGCCGGGAACAUCAAGGCCAAAUGGGAAGAUGAAGUGCCGGAAUGGUUUGAGGAGGACGAAGAAUCCAAUUAUCAUACCUUCACUAUCCCAUAUGGACGAUACUACCCUGCCCGGAAAAUUGAACGGCUCUUCUAUAACCAAGAUCUGCUACUCAAUGCCGAAUGGAACAAACCCAAAAGCAGAGAGGUUGUCCUUCACCGCCACCCUGCGUUCUUUGGCAAUGUCGAGGACAUCAUCCACGAUUGUUGCGGUCAUUGCCCGACACCAGUGACUGAAGAGGAGAAGGAGGUCGCUGAAAAAGAGAGUAAGAUAUAUGUCUCGGGUGAUAUAUCCUUCAUCAAAGACGACCCGGGUCGUCAAGAAAUUGGAAGCUUUAAUCCGAUUACAGAGACCGACUGGACGGAAAUGGCUUACGUUGGGAACACGGAGCGACUGUGCCAGGCUAUUGUUGAUCAUGACCUUGAGACAGUCCAGGAAUGGCUCUCACAGGAGUCAGCAGACCCCAACACCCGGGAUUACACCGGAAGAACGCCUCUACAUCUGGCGUGCAUAGCAUCUACACCCUCUAUUGUUCAGUGCCUUGUCGACCAUGGCGCACGCCUCACUGCUCGUGUGGCUGACGGCCGGACUGCACUUCAUUUUGCAGCAGCUCGAGGUGCUGUGGAGAUUGUCCGGAUCCUGCUCAACAGAAGUGAGCUCAAUGAAGCGGAGGAAGAUCGCAAGCUGGAGCUUCGGAAGGGGCAGUCCGAGAAACAACAUCAGAGCGCGACAAGUCAGUCUGAAGAUGACAAUGAUACUGUGGGGAUGGGUAUCCCACAGGAUGAGACCACUUCGUACACCCUUGGUUCCUUUGUCAAGGUUGAGAAAGAACCCGACCACAGCUAUGCCAAUCAGGAUGUUGCGGAAGACGACAAUACUGAUGAACCUGACGUUUAUGACAUCAAUGUCGUUUCCUGGGACAGCCACACUUCGCCUCUGCAUCUUGCAAUCCUCAAUGGGCAUGUCGACGUUGUGCAAGAACUGGUCAGCUCCUGGGGCGCGGAUGUGUUGCUUCCUGUGAAAUUGCUCUACGCGUAUAACAACACUCCUAGGGCAUCGAUCUUGACAUUAGUUCUUGCACUUCGACUUCCGUUGGACAAAGCUAUCACCAUGACGGAAAAGCUGUUGCAACUUGGCGCAUCACCAGUUCAAGCCGAUUUUGACAAGUACACUCCGCUGCACUACAUAGCCGGAACGUCGUAUGCCGAGCUUCUGGAUGUCUUCGUCCAGCAGAGCAAGCCAGCCCUGCAAAAGGCAAUCAACCAGCUUGCAAUAACCGGGGGUUCGUGGUCGCCGGGUGGAGUAACCCCGUUGUCUGUCGCUAUUCGGCACAGGAACGUAAUUGGUGCCUUCAAGCUACUUGAAAACGGCGCCGAUGUGUCGAUUGAUUUUGCAGCUUUUGUCAACUCGGCGAAGGUGGUAUCGGAUGGAAUUCGAAGGAACAAUACGGACGACAACAAGCGCAUAUUUCAUGAAAAUGUUGACCAACCAAUUAUUGAUGCCGUGCAGGCCGAACUGCCAGAACUCGCUACUGAGUUGGUGCGGCGUGGUGCAGAUCCGAAUUCGCUGGAUCGCGCCGGAUAUAGAGCGGGUUUUUGCCAGUGCCGGUGGGAGGUCCGAGCAGCAAAGUCUCUGCUGGAUCUUGUUCACGGUAAGAUUCGGCAACUCAGUGACUUCAAAGCCAUCCAAUUGCCUGGUAAACCGGAACCCAGGGAAAUAGACAGUCAUUAUUUCGACGGCCUGGAGGAAGGAACCUACCGCAUAUGGCACGCAAGGCAUCAGCUCGAAAAGGCCCAGAAGAUCCACCAGAAGGACUUAGAAGACUACCAGAGAAAGGUCGAGGAUUUCAAGUCCAAGCAAAAGGCAGUUGAGUCAAAAACGCGUGUCGUUGCAGAGCUUCGCGAUGGGUUCAGCAAAUUAGAAGCGACAUUGCUGGAGAAGGGCGCGAAAACUUGGAAAGCAAUGUUUCCUGAAUUGGCGACUCAUCACGACAACGCUACAGGUGCAGUGAGACCUGCUACGACCAAACCCAAGACGCCUUUGAAGGUUUCAUUUGCUUUCCAUGUCCCAGACCUGACAGAUGCGAAGAAGGAAGGAUACUUAUCUCUAUUUGAAGCCGCCUGGAGCGGAGAUCUCGCCACGAUCAAACAGCUUACAUUGGGUCCAUGGGGGGAGAACCAAGAACGUCCUCUCCAGCUUGCUGUGCGAGACGAAGAUCACCUUUCUCCGCUUUCUAUCGCAAUUUUCCGGGGCCACUACGAACUUGCAAAGCCAAUGAUCCAGAUCAUUCAAGCUCAAUACAAAAAAGAAGAGCAGAAAGACCAGGUGCGAUAUGAGAUGGCAAACGAAAGUGAUUACUGCGGCUCAGAGUCGGGUGAUGACGAAUCCAAUCCGUUUCCCAUAUACAGCACGAUAAUCGACGAUCAGUUUACCAUUGACGAUAUUGACGCCGUUGCAGCACAAGUGGAAAGUGAUAUAUCUCCUCAUCAGGCAUUACACUGGGAUUGCCCAGCGCAUUUGUUCCUGGACAAGUCAAAGAGAGGAACUCGGAAACCACAGUCACUUCUCGAGUACGCAAUUCUCGCUGAUGAUAUACGUUUGCUGCAGCUUCUGCUGCAGCUCGGGCAGCAUUUCACUACUCAUGAUGCCCAGGAUGGCGAGUCGCCAAUUUACAAUCCUGGUGAAACUGUCUUCCACCUCGCAAUCGAAAAUGGUAGACUCCGAUGCUUGGAGGAACUAAUCAGGGCUUCUGGUCCGACUUUUCCCUUGGAUGUGUUUGUCCAGCGCAGUGGAGCCGACGAGAAUGAGAAGCCUCGUUAUUACCAAGGCCUUUCUGUCCAUGGGAAGAAACGAACAGAGUGGGCCCGGCGUCCUAACCAUUUCGAAUAUUUCAAUCCUACGUACCCUCCGUUGCUUUAUUCGGCUUAUUGCGGCAACCUACAGAGUACUGAAUGGUUCCUCACUACCGCCCCCGGUCGGUAUUACCUCGAGUUUACCAAAAAACACGCCGGGAACAGGCAAAUGCAGCUCCUGGCGAAAUCAAAGGAUGGAAUUGAGAAGCCGCUCAUGAGUUGGUUGAACUCAGGGAAUCAUCUUGUACUCCACUGUGCAAUCCUCUCCAAAGAAACCGAUGAGUCGCGCCAUCUUGUUGAAUAUCUUAUCACCAACGUGCCCGGUUGUCUUGAAAAGAAAUCAGAAGAAGGGCACACGCCCUUGGCACUGGCAUUUUCCUAUCAUCGGGUGACAUUCGCGGACAUCCUGAUCAAGGCAGGAGCUAAUCAGGCUGUGCGGGACGGCCAGGGUCAUAACCUCCUACAUCUUCUGCUCUGCGGGAUCAAUGGUGGUGUGGGUUUGACACUCGGGGACCCAAGUAACGUGACUACGUUGCUUGGAUUUUUUGAUCAGCGUCUGGUUCCCUCGCUGUUAACUGAACGGGCUUCAGGGUCACUGACUCCUCUGUCACGCUGGCUGCACGAGACUGGUUCAAGCACAUACUACCACACCAACUCAUACAUAGGAAGGUUCGCCUAUGAGUCUGAUCACGAUAUGAACACUGAAAAUAUGGUGGAUGUUGCCCGCUGUCUUCUGGAGUUUGCCGCAGUCACGAACCAGAGACAUCUUGAACUGUUGGAUGGAGCCGGUAACUCCCCUGUGCAUGAUGCAGUCAAGCGCCAGCUCCUCGGGGUCCUCGAGCUUAUGCUCGACUACCGACCCGAUCUACUACUACGGGAAAAUGCUACAGGAGCCACUCCUCUGGAAUUAGCAGCCGAUGCCUGGAUUGAAGAAGUGACAAUGUCGCCCCCAAUCCUCAGAUCCGAUGCCCCUCCAUCCGUGGUGGACCGCCAUCGGACGGCGUCUAUUGAGGAGAAAGAACAAAGAAGCCAGAGGGAGGCUGUCUAUGACUUGUGUCGUCGUAAGGUACUGCAACGUCCAGGCAAGCGGAAGUUGGUCAGCCUAAAUGAGGCCAAUGAAGUAGCCAGGCGGUUGGUUAUGAAGACUGAGGCUCGAAAUACUCCUAACGAUCCACUAGUGUCGGCCAGUGAUACGGAUGCCCGCUUCAAGAUGUGGCGUAGAGACACCCGGCGCAUUCAGACUUGA